AUGCGAGAUCGACAAGAUUCUCAAGGCCUCCGUCCCUAUCGGAGUAUUCCACGAUAUGGGCAAGCCGAUGUUCCUCCAAAAUAUAAGAGAGGAAAUCCGCCACCACGGUACCAAGAAUUAGAGAGUUCUUCUCGCCGUGACAUUGUGGUCCAAGUGAUUCCUGAAGACGGUACCCCAGCUGGUCGUGGGCCUAGACCUUCAAAUGCUGGAAAUCCUGUAGUUCCAAAAAAGCGAUCAAAAAAGUCCAGCAGUGGGGGAAUUGUGGUAGUUCUUUUGACUCUCUGUUUGAUUCUCAAGUUGGCUGGAAAGCUGGCUUUAUCGAAAGCAAACUCGUCUUCUAACUCUUCUUCGUACCAUGCUCUGGAAAGAACUUCAACUCCCUACAAUCCUUACGCCGGUGUCAAAUGGGGUCACAAUCAAGAAGAAAUACAAACCGCGGAAAUCGCUGAAAUCUUCGGAAAACAUUUUGCAGACCGAUUCUACGGCGACUUGACUAACCGAAUUCCUUCUGAGACCCCGGAAACGCCGACUAAUGAGACAACCAUUGAGAUGAUAAGAUCUAUGUCGAAUGAAACGGAAACUUUGGAUAUGGGUAAUGUUAACGGCACAUAUAGUAUUCCAAUUUCUUGGGACGAUAUCGAAAUAACAUACGAAUUUGAAUACAUCGACCGGGAAAUAUUCGACAAACUUGGGGAAGGAGCGAAUCAAGAAAGACAAUCCGGAGCAGCAGCGCAAAUGCAGGAAUCGGGCAGCAUCAUUAUACCGAUGCAUUUCUACGGAGAUCCUUCUGACAUCAAGGAAGAAGCCCUCGAUUUGAUGCAGAAAAUUGGCGAGGAGAUAACUUCGAAUGCUGGUUCUUUGGACUAG